AUGGACACAGACCAGGGGGCUGGCUUGAGCAAUACUGGAGACAAGGACGGGGACCUCCAGGGGGCAGGGCAGUGCCGGUCUGUCUGUGCCCAACCUCUGCCAUGGCGCUGUCUCUGUAGGCUACACGAAGAGGAGGAGCCAGAGGCCCUGGUGGAGGCCCUGGAGGAGGCCCUGGUGGAGGCCCUGGUGGAGCACUGCAGGCCGCUCUUCACACUCAGCCAGGACAUCCAGGUGCAUCUGGAGGCCUUCUCCAGGAUGAACCAGGCUGUCCACCAGAGCCUGGAGUCUCCAGAGGACGGCCACAGGGCUCUUAUUCCGAGCCUCCAGACCCGGCUGUGUCAGCUGCCGAAGAGGUGUCACCACAAGCAGGAGCAGGAGUGGCAGUUGGAACAUGGUGUCACCUGCCAGGAAGACAUGGGCAGCUAUAACGUGGGAAGUAAGGCUGCUGAAGGUGAACGUGGCCCCGGGGGCCCGAAAUCCAGGACUCUGACUCUGCCGGAAAACCAGCAGCUCAACUACGUGCAAGUAGCCCUCAACAGCAUGGCCCAGCAGUGCUGCUGCUCUGCCCACGGUGUCCUCGAGAGCAUGGGCUUCUUCUCCAAGCUCGACCUGAUUCAGGACUUUAUGCUGGACAAAAUGGAGACUGUGAGAUCUGUCUCACUGCUCGUGGAACCCAGAGUGUGCUGGUCAGGGGACAGCCGUGAAGACCAGGGACUCAGAAGAUACCCCAGACCCUUCAAGAAAUGUCCAAAGAGCCCGGAUUCGAUCCCCAGGACCCCCUUUCCCAGCACCCAGACCUCAGAGUGCUCCAGCCUGUGCUGACCCCACUGCGGCCACACUGGCAACACGACCACCUCCUUACCUGCUUGGCCUCGUUUUCUUACCACCACCCCUGAGUGGGUGGGAGCAGGCCCGGGGGAGUGAGAGGGCCAGCUGGGGUGGGGAGCUGCUGUUCCCCAUGUCAGAACAUGUCGGGGGAUUGGCAGGCAUCACGGGGGCGCUGCCUCGGACCGUGGGUGAGAGAGACAGAGGUUCGCGAGGUGGAGGCAGCAGCCGGGUGGGAAGUCCAGGUUGGAGACCCGUGCCCGGGAGCUGGGGCUGCAUUUCUGCUGUCGCUGAUGGGUUCAUCUGAGACCGCGGAGCACUGGAUAGAUGCCUGGCUGCUGGGAAUGUCCGAGUCACAGACAAAGAGCCACCCAGAGCCACAGCAUGCGUGAGAGCUAGCCUGGCCCACAGCAGACUGGGGUCACAGCAGACCGGGGGCACUGGAUUUGGAGGGGGCAUCUCAUCUCCUCACGGUGCCCAGAAGCUCAAUGCCAGCUCAGUGCCUUCUGCCCACCCCAAGCGUCCCCAGAGUUACCGGGAAUGAAUGCUACUGUCAGGGAGAACUCGGCAAGGCAAAGCCCCUCUCUGGGCUGGUUUCUCCCCCGUAAAGUUGGGUGAGAGGGUGUCUAAGGGAGUCCCGUCUCAGUUGGACGUUCUUAGGUUCAGGUUGGAAAACCUCAGUCUGCGUGGAAGGCACUGGCUUGGUUUUAUUGUGCCACUCGGGUAAAAUCAUCCUAGCAACCCCUGAAAAGAAUUCCCCUCUGGGGGUUACUGACGUUAAUUGAUUUAGGGAAAAGUUGAAAGUUAAGAGCAACUGAGGAGCUGCGAAUAGUGGUGAGCCAGCAAGUUAACUUUCAAAACGAUGCUGCUAUUCAGUCAACGAACACCACGGGUCUGCUGUAUUCUAGAUGCUGUUGGGAGAUGG